AUGUCGUGGAUUCAAUCGCCGAGUAGCAACCGGAUGAUAGCUAUCCGGAACGAUAUUAAAAAGGCCUUCGAAUUGGAUGCAAAUAACCAAUUUAGGCAAGCUUUUACUCAAUAUCUGACUUGUGCUGACUCUAUUAUUGGAAUUGUUCAAGGAAAUUCUGCUAAUAAAAACUUGAAUGAGAUCAGAACAGGAACCAAUGAAAGGCUAUUGAACCUACUGAAACAAUGUGUUGAACGAUCUGCUGCAAUUUUAGAAUCUGGUAAAGAUGACAAAUCAGAAGAUUCUCAAUCUAGUCCAAGCCAGCAGCAACAAAAUCGCGAUAGAAUUGAUAGCCAAGAUUCUCAUGCGGAUAAGUGUUCAUAG